UAACUACUUUCUUCCAACAAAUACUUAUCGUCAGUGUGUUCAUCGCAAUUGGGAGCAACAGUCUGAUGGAGUUUCACGUCCCAGUCAAAACGGGUAAAUUCCCGAAAUUUCGAAUCAUUAAAGUUGCCACGAUCAUCUUAAUCACCUUCAUCGUGUCUCAGGCCGUGUCUUCUUUUCCCCUGGAAACCGCUCCUUCCUCUGACACGAUGCUCGCAUCGAAGACAAACCUGGAUAACGAGCAACUUCUAGCUUCACAAUUCCUCCCAAGAGCUGGCCCCACCAAUGGAAACCUUGUCGCUGGAAGGGGUCGGAAAUCUCGCCAGAUGCCUUUUAUCAUUUAUGGCGGAUGUUCUCCUUACACUGGAUUUGGGCCAGGCGGCGGUUUUCCGCAGUACGGCGGCGGGAACUUUGGAGGAGUCCAGUUCUAGGACUUCUAGGAUAAGUUGGUCAGGGUGGCAGUAGAGAUUUCAUUUAUAGGCCGUACUUGAAAUAGAGACCUUACGGUAUUCUCAAACUUUGUUACAAAAAUAGGGAUUUUUCUUUCAGUCAUAGACUGACGUUGACAUUUAAUUUAUGUAAUAAGCAAAUUUAUUUUUUUCAAUAAAUUAUACUCUAUUUAUAUAGAAUAUUUAA